AUGAACCAAGAAAAAUUAAACUCUUACUUCCUAAGAAACUUUGGCUGUGAUAGGUGUGGUAAUGAAUACUAUGAUGAAACUGCUUAUUCUCCCGCUCCCAGUUUAAAUGAGAUAAAUAAUUAUCCUACUUACUGCUCUAAUUGUGUAAUUGAGGAGGAGUCUGAACUUUGCUCUUUUAUUGACCGCAAAGAAAAAGAAGUAAUUGCUUGUCAGCAACCUCUUUUUGAUAAAAAGAAGCAAUUGUGUCGUUCUCACAAUAGCCAAGUCAGAAAAAGAUUUAAUGAAUUUACCAAAGAUAUGUCGGAAAAGAAAAAGAAAACAACUCUGAAUUCUCCCCAAAGUAAUAAAGAGCAAGAUAGUUUCAACAAACUUUCCCAAAAAAACUUGUCAGAAACCAAAAAAAAGAAAAAAAGUUUGGGCUUGGCUCCUAUCCAUGAAACUACUGAAAAUAUAAAGUCUUUGGAAAUAGACAAAAGAACCUUAACCAAAACUGGUCGCACUUAUCAGUUAGGAACACGGGUAAAAAAAGAGUUUUUGGAACAAUUAAAAGCAAUUGCUUAUGAGGAAAGGUUGAAGUUAGUAGAAGUUUUGGAAAAAGCCUUAGAGUGUUAUGAGAGGCAUCGGAGGAAAUAA